AUGGAUGGCACUGCUUGCGGAAUCGCCGCUUUCUGGACGCUGUUCCCGUUUCCUAUCCUGGAGUCCCAACUGCUCAAUCAGAAGCUAGGAGACUCGAUCAACAGCCUCGCAGAGUUGCAUAUGCGGACACAUCUCGCCGUAUAUGACGCAGUCAAGUCGACCUCUUUUGACAACAACAAAUCAGCACAUCAAAGCCACGUCUCUCGUCUCCAGCUCCGGUUCAUCGCCUCGCUCGCGGAGACGCGGCAGCUACUGGCCAUGUCGAAGUUCCAGAUCCAGAUCGACGGUCGACGUCCCCGAAACCUUCACGCUUCCCUUCUCAACAACAUUGAAAGCGUCUUCCGCUCCGUCUCCCUCGUCUUCUACGCAACCCGCACCUUCUCCACAAUCGAAAGCGAAGCCGCGAGCUCACUAUGGAUGAACGAACUUCGCCGUGUCGCCUCUCGGAACGAGAACGUCGAGCUGCGAACGCUAUCCGUCCUCUCGAUCUGCGCGGACGCAAUAGGUCGCGGCCAUCCGCUCCCGCCUUUCAUGGACAUUCCGGAAACUUCGAGCCUUCUUGAGGCGCUCAAGGCGAGCCCGAUGGACUUACUCAGUGCUAAGCACGCUCUUGAGCCUGGGUACGCAGCUUUGGCCGCCAUACAUGCUUCUGCCGAGAUCGUGACGGACGACCUGAAGGCGUUGGUUAGGCUGACGGGAGAGCUCGUGGGCUCUGUGGAGUUCGUCGACACGCAGGGGAGCUUGGCGUGA